AUGACCAAUGAUCCGUUUUACCCUUGGCAAGUUGAGAACAUCAAUACCUACAUCUCCAUCACAUCAAAGGACGCUUCGCAGAGCGACUUGCAAAUGAAGAUUGGAGAUCAACUGGCCGGGACUAAUGAGGUACCAAAGGUCAUGGGCCACGGUUUCAAUACCUUUGGAUUGCCUGGGGACCCAUCGCCUCCCUCACGCUUCGUCAAGAUGUUUUUCGAGCGCCAGAUUGCCCUAACCAACAGCCCACCCAAGAAGAAGGUGGAGGACUGGCUGACCCUCGUGCAGGGAAUCCUCAAUUCGAUUUUCAUCAUCAAAGGUCUGACAGGUCCAGAUACCUUGGGCCACUACGUGGAGGGUGAUCAUACUGCAUGGGCCACGCUACGCAUCCCCAAGACGGGCUUCUAUGCGGUGCGCACCUAUGAAAAUAUGCGUUGGUAUACCAUCGAAACGCAGAAGUUGGACUGGACAAAGGCCAGCAGCCACCCGAUUUCUCAUGAUAUUCGCGAUGGUUUCCAUGAUGUCACCAAUGCCUUGCUAUCUCAAUCCAAAGAUCCUUCGUUUCUGCACGUGAAGAAACAGAGCGAUGAAGCCUCUUUUUUGCAGAUGCACGAAGAGAUGUGA